AAACAAAAAUAAACGCAUAAAUAAAUAAAUAAAUAAGAGCUUAAAUGCCCAUAGGCAGAAGAACAGAGAACAGAGAGCAGAGAGAGCUUCUGCAACACUUUUGUCAUCUCCUCGUCAUCUGAAACAACAAACUUCCUCGACCCUUUUGACUCUGUUGUUGAAUUUGGAGAGAGAAAAACACAAAGCAAAACAAGAGAGAGAAAGAUUUAGAGAGAGAGAGAGAGAGAGAGAGAGAGAGUUUUAUCUGCAUGAAACAGAAGAGUCUUAUUUAAGUCUGAAAAAAAAAAAUCAUUUGCAAAAAAUGAAGUACAUUCGGACCAACAGCUUGAAGAGGCUCUUCUCGCUAAAACGACGUAGUUUGGAAGACCAAGAACAACCCAAAGACGACAAUAAUAUUAUCGAAACCCUCGAGAAUCAUAUGGAAAUAUCAGAACCAUUUCAGAAACCCAUUUGGAAAUGCUUCUCCUUCAAAGAAAUCUCCCUCGCCACCAAUGGCUUCACCCCAGAGAAUUUGGUCGGAAAAGGUGGCUACGCGGAGGUUUACAGAGGAGUUCUGAGCAGCGGCGAAGAAAUCGCCGUGAAAAGGCUGACGAAAACCAGCUCCGACGAGAGGAAAGAGAAGGAUUUCUUGACGGAGAUCGGGACGGUCGGACAUGUCCGUCACCGUAACGUCUUGUCGCUCCUCGGCUGUUGCAUUGACAAUGGGCUUUACCUCGUUUUUCAGUUCUCUUCCAGAGGCUCUGUUGCUUCUCUCUUCCAUGAUGAGAAUUUGAGGCCAAUGGAGUGGAAAAUGAGGUAUAAGAUAGCUGUUGGGACAGCAAGAGGACUUAAUUACUUGCACAAGGGUUGUCAGAGAAGGAUAAUUCAUAGGGACAUUAAGUCUUCCAAUAUUCUUUUGACUGCAGAUUUUGAACCAUUGAUAUCUGAUUUUGGACUUGCUAAAUGGCUUCCAUCUCAGUGGACUCACCAUUCAAUUGCCCCUAUAGAAGGGACAUUUGGGCAUUUAGCUCCUGAGUACUACAUGCAUGGGAUUGUGGAUGAGAAAACAGAUGUUUUUGCUUUUGGUGUUUUUCUUCUGGAGAUCAUUUCUGGCAGAAAGCCAGUGGAUGCGUCUCACCAGAGCUUACACAGCUGGGCCAAACCAAUAUUGAAACAAGGAGAAAUAGAAAAGCUGAUAGAUCCAAAACUUGGAGGGGCCUAUGAUGCUAGUCAGCUGAAAAGACUUGCCUUUGCAGCCUCUCUUUGCAUCCGGGCAGCCCCAAAAUGGCGGCCUACCAUCACCAAGGUAUUGGAGGUGAUGGAAGAAGGGGAAAUCGAGGAAGAAAAAUGGAAAAUGCCGGAGGAAGAAGAAGAAGAUCAGGAUGAGUUUUGGGGUUUUGAGGAUCUAGAAUAUGAAUGUGACAGUUCCUUCUCAAUCUCACCACAAGAUUCCAUUUCAACAAGAAGUUCUUAAAAAAAAAAAAAAA